GGUAGAAGAUCGCUAUUCGGAACUACAGAAAAGUAUCUCUAAUAAGAUUCAACGUCUGCCUGAUCUAUUGUUAGAAAGCAAAGCUAAAAAAAACAUGGAACGAUUACGUCACGUUAAAUUUAUGAAUAUUACUUUUAUCGGAAUAUUAUUCUGUACGGGAGUCGCGAAAGCAACAGGUCAAGAUGAGAUAACACCGACAAUAUUUCCAUUGGACGAAACACACAAUGAAUAUAUUAUAAAAAUGUACGAUAAUGGUUGCGAAUGUAUUGAAUAUAAUUGUGGAUGCUGUCAGCAAUUACAGUGGGAUGUAGUCUCUAUGGAUGGAAAGUUAUGCGUAAAUGCAAGUUAUUUAGAAAAGGAUUAUGGGUUUUCACUUACAAUCACAUACAACAACUUUGCAAUUAUUAACGAGACAAUUUCAGCUCGAAAUCCGCCACCUAUUUGCUUUGGAGAGGACAUUUCAAAUGAAGUAGAUGUUGAAAUUUGCUUGCAUAUAUAUGAUAUAAACAUUGAUAAAGAUAAGUUUCACGUUUGCUUCGAGAUUUAUGGAAAAAUAAUGAAACUCCCAAUCACUAAAAUAAAAUUGGGUUGUAUCCAGACUAAGCUACAUGACAAGAUGGAGUAUAUCGAAAACAAUUUGUCAAAAUUGUUUCUUAAAAAGGUGAAAAAUGAUGCACUACCUAUUGUGACUAUGAUAUGAGAAACAUACCGAACACAGAAUCUCUAUAUAAGAACACAGAAGCUCGAUAUUGCU